UUCUUCGUCUCCUUUGUUGACCUUCCGGUCUGCGAUAAUUUAUUUCUAAUAUUAUAUUAUUAAAUGUUCUUAUUAAGAUAACAGGCAUUAGUCGCAUUAAUAUUAUUUCAUUCAACAAAGAUGCCUAGUGUGAUUACUGUGAAUACUAAAGUUUAUGAAGGACAAAAGCCGGGUACCAGUGGUUUACGAAAGAAAGUUAAAGUUUUUCUUCAAGAAAAUUAUACGGAAAACUUUGUUCAAAGUAUUUUAGAUGCCAACAAGAAGGUUAUAGUAGGUUCUACGUUAGUUGUCGGCGGCGAUGGCAGAUAUUUGGUGAAGGAAGUUGUGGACAAGAUUAUUAAAAUAUCGGCAGCGAAUGGUGUGUCCAAAUUACUAGUGGGUCAAAAUGGCAUACUUUCAACACCUGCAGUGUCUCAUAUAAUUAGAAAAUAUAAGACCCUUGGUGGUAUAGUGCUAACUGCAUCCCACAAUCCUGGCGGUAUAAACAAUGAUUUUGGUAUCAAAUUCAACUGCAGCAAUGGUGGACCGGCCCCAGAUCAAACAACCAAUGAGAUCUACGCACUCACCACUACGAUCAAGCAAUACAAGAUUGUACCAGAUCUGGUUGUGCCCAUUGAGAAGAUUGGUGUGCAGACUUUUGAUAUCGAAGGCCGGCAGUUUACAGUGGAGGUCAUUGACUCAGUGCAGGAUUAUGUGGCGUAUAUGAAGGAAAUCUUCGACUUUCCCAAGAUAAAAGCUCUGAUACAGGGCUCAGAGCGACGGAAGCCGUUUAAUGUACUGAUUGAUUCUAUGAGUGGGGUCACUGGUCCGUAUGUGAAAUCCAUUUUUGUGGGUGAACUUGGAGCGUCGGAGAAGAACAUUCAUCGCACGAUCCCAUUGGAGGACUUCGGUGGCGCCCACCCUGAUCCUAACCUGACCUACGCAGCAGACCUGGUGAACUCUGUGAAGAAUGGAGACUAUGACUUUGGUGCAGCUUUCGAUGGAGAUGGUGACCGUAAUAUGAUAAUAGGGCGUGGAGCAUUCUUCGUGACUCCUUCUGACUCGCUGGCAGUACUGGCUAACAAUUUGCAGCACAUCCCAUACUUCCAACGGACCGGGGUGCAGGGCUUCGCUCGGAGCAUGCCCACUGCAGCAGCGGUGGACCGCGUGGCGACCGCCACUGGGAAGGAAAUCUUCGAAGUACCAACCGGUUGGAAAUACUUUGGUAACCUAAUGGACGCCGGUCGCCUCUCAUUGUGUGGUGAAGAGAGCUUCGGCACGGGUUCGGAUCAUGUGCGAGAAAAGGAUGGGCUGUGGGCGGCGCUGGCGUGGCUCCAAGUCAUCGCUGCUCUGGGACAAUCUGUAGAGGAGAUUCUGACCGCGCAUUGGGGACAGUUUGGUCGGAAUUAUUUCACCAGGUAUGAUUACGAGGAGUGUGCCAGUGAUCCCUGCAACGAUAUGAUGCAAGCCCUCGAGAGGAAGAUGACACAGCCAGGCUUCAUCGGGUCGUCAUACUCGAGCGGCGGGAAGACGUAUAUAGUCAAAUUGGCAGAUAACUUCUCUUAUGUAGACCCCAUCGAUCAGAGCAUAGCUUUGAAGCAGGGACUUCGUAUUAUAUUCGCGGACGGAUCUCGCAUCGUGAUGCGUUUGAGUGGCACGGGCAGUUCCGGAGCUACUGUUCGGCUGUAUAUAGACUCGUAUGAAGCGAAGGACGUCCUCGGAGAUGCUCAAGUGAUGCUGCGGCCGCUAGUCGAUGUCGCGCUACAAAUAUCUGAGUUGCAGAAAUACACAGGACGUGUAGCACCCACCGUCAUUACGUAAGAGGACUCGACAAUUAAAUUCUGCAAUGAAGGCGAUAUAUAAAUUACGUCACAAAACGGCUGCACAUUACUCCCCGCCUUGAAAGUUUUGGUAAUUUAAGACUGACUGCUAACUCGAAAUAUUGUCCACAAGAACUCCCCGCCUUGAAACUUUUUUAAAUUUCAUAUGUAAUUUAAGGCUGUGUAUCCUCGAUUUGACUACAACUCUAUGAAAUAUCGUCCACAAGAUAAAGGCACUUAAUAUCAACGUUUCAUUUUUUUUAUGGAAUGAUAAUGGCAAGUGUACUCGCCUGCGUUGACAAUAUACGCUGGCGCGGCACCACUGGAGAACAUUUCUUAUUUUCAUC